UUUUCGCAGUUUGAUUCCGGAUUCAACUGAAUCUUCGGGAGGUCCUUCUAGCCGAAACAGAAGGCGCACCAAAACAAGACACGUUUUGGCAUUUUCCUGUGGGACUUUCAGCCGCGGAGAGCCGCCGUAGUGGAACCUUUUUCUUCCUGCCAUUCCUUCAGCGUUUGGAGGCACCCGUUCCAAAUUGAAGGGACAGUACAGCUUCUUCUUCUCUCUUCGAAGGAAUCUCAUUGGACCGAAAACCUGACGCUUGCUCAUUUUUCUACAUUUGGAGCUUAUCUUAAAGAAACCACCUCUGCAUCUUCACCUUCUAAAGCUCCUUCUGACAAGAUCGAGUUUUAGGAAGUUGAAGCGGUUGACUGAUGAUUGAUCCCGAUCUCGAACUCUGAGAGUUCUUUUUGCAUCUGACUUAUUUGUCGAAACAACUUAUUGGGAUACGCCAAUUAUAAGCACAUUGCCUUGCUUCCCACUUGUCAAGGAUGGCUAGCGUGUUGCAGUUUAAUGUUAUUAUAAAUACCUUCCCUGUGACUAAGUGGAGAAGUUUGCAGAACCAGCCGCUGUUGUCCCAAAGAAUUGGUUUUGCAGCAUCGGUUGCUUCUGUUUCUGGUUUAUGUUGCAAAGGAAGUUUUACAAGUAGAAAGGUGGCAUUCAGUGUCAGCUGCAAGGCAGUAGACAGUGAUAUACUUGAGCAGACUGAAGAUGAAAAUGGAGGCCUUAGUGGAACUGAGAAACCAUUCACCUGCGUCAUGAAGUUUGGUGGCUCAUCGGUGGCUACUGCUGAGAGGAUGAGAGAGGUUUCUAGCCUUAUACUGAGCUUUCCAGAAGAAAGACCUAUAAUUGUUCUCUCUGCGAUGGGAAAGACAACCAACAAACUUUUAUUGGCUGGAGAGAAAGCUGUAAGUUGUGGGGUUACAAAUGCCUCUAGUAUUGAUGAACUUAAUUUUAUUAAAGAUCUCCAUAUCAGGACCGCUGAUGAGCUUGGAGUGGACAAGUCUGUUAUUGCAAAGCAUCUAGAAGAAUUAGAGCAACUUCUGAAGGGGAUUUCCAUGAUGAAAGAAUUGACUCCAAGAACUCAAGACUAUCUAGUUUCAUUUGGAGAGUGCAUGUCUACUAGGAUCUUUGCUGCCUAUCUUAAUAAGAUAGGUGUUAAGGCUCGUCAAUAUGAUGCAUUCGAGGUAGGUUUUAUAACAACUGAUGACUUCACAAAUGCGGACAUUCUGGAAGCAACUUAUCCAGCUGUUGCAAAGAGGUUACAUGGUGAUUGGGUUUCAGAUCCUGCAAUUCCAAUCAUUACAGGCUUUCUUGGAAAGGCACGGAAAUCAUGUGCAGUGACAACACUGGGAAGAGGGGGCAGUGAUUUGACUGCUACAACAAUUGGGAAAGCGCUAGGGUUGCCAGAGAUACAGGUAUGGAAAGAUGUUGAUGGUGUUCUAACCUGUGAUCCAAAUAUAUGCCCUCAAGCAGAACCUGUGCCAUUUUUGACAUUCGAUGAGGCUGCAGAACUUGCUUACUUUGGUGCUCAGGUCCUGCAUCCACAGUCUAUGAGACCUGCUAGGGAAAGUGACAUUCCAGUUAGGGUUAAAAAUUCUUAUAAUCCUAAAGCUCCGGGCACUCUCAUUGCAAAGACAAGAGAUAUGAGCAAGGCAGUAUUAACUAGCAUUGUUCUGAAACGUAAUGUGACCAUGUUGGAUAUUGUAAGCACCCGCAUGCUCGGUCAAUUUGGCUUUCUUGCUAAGGUCUUUUCAAUCUUUGAAGAUUUAGGCAUAUCAGUAGAUGUUGUAGCUACUAGUGAAGUCAGUAUUUCCUUGACAUUGGAUCCGUCAAAAUUAUGGAGCAGAGAACUAAUUCAGCAGGAACUUGACUUUGUUGUUGAAGAAUUGGAGAAAAUCGCUGUGGUGAAUCUCCUACAGAACAGAUCUAUCAUCUCUCUUAUUGGAAAUGUUCAGAGAUCAUCACUGAUAUUGGAGAAGGCAUUUCGUGUUCUUCGAACCCUUGGUGUCACUGUUCAGAUGAUCUCUCAGGGUGCAUCUAAGGUGAAUAUUUCGUUGGUAGUAAAUGACAGUGAAGCUGAGCAGUGUGUGAAGGCUUUACAUUCGGCCUUUUUUGAGAGUGACUUUUCUGAGUUAGAGAAAGAAUAUGCAUUUGGAAAUGGUUCUAUUUCUGCAUUGUCAUAAGAACACUUGGGGGCUGUAAUUUCUUUGUCUUGGCAAUAUAAUUCACUCUUCAAUUAUAUGAACCCAACAUUUUCAGUCCUUCUCCCCGUGGAUGGUUUGGAUGUAGCUGAAAUGGGGAAGUGUGUGGUGAGAAGAAAAUUCUAGGUGGGAGGAAUUAGGGAAGUCGGUGCUUGUUCUGAAUUGUCAGAGUAGACAUUUUUAUUCUUUAUUAGCCGUCUGCGGUAAUUAUUUUCUAUAUUGUUGGUUGGAAUCUCGUGCAAGAUUCAAAUGUACCUCAUGUCAUUGAUACGGAUCUGAACCAAUGCGGAUUAGGAUACUUUUUCGAUCAAGUUCUUCUCUGCAGAAAUCAUCAGUCAAAAGUGGAGAAUUCAAGUUCUCAUAUCAGAAAUUUUGUCUGUAUUAAAAUGUCUUUCUUGGAUAUGUUAUGAUUAUAUCUGGUCAUUGGGAUUGAUAUAUGUAUGCAGUUUAUUAGAAAAUUUGGAUAUUUUUGCACUUAGUGAUGUGAUCUAGAUUUUUUGGGAUUGAUCCUGAGAUAUUUACGUAAA